AGUUGGCUGGGUGCUAAGGGGUCCUGCAGAUUGAAGACUUAAAUCCAAGGUCAUGGCAAAACAUCUGAAGUUCAUUGCCAGGAAGGUGAUGGUACAAGAAAGGAACGUGGAAGGUGCAUACAGGACUCUGACCAGAAUCCUUACCAUGGAUGGGCUUAUUGAGGACAUAAAGCGAUGGCGGUAUUUCCAGAAGCCUUGCCGUCGGCGACAGAGGGAAAGCUAUGAAACCUGCCGGCGGAUCUACAACAUGGAAAUGGCUCGCAAGAUCAACUUCUUGAUGCGAAAGAAUCAGGCAGAUCCAUGGCAGGGCUGCUGAGGCCUGUGGAUAGGAGGCCCAGUAUGAAAACCUUUAUCCAGUUGUCUGCACCUCUUUUCUUCCUCCAAUCCCAUUUACUUUUCUUAAAAUAAACUCAAUCACAUAUAUGCAAGAAGCAAUUCCACUAGUCAGCAGUGGAUACUCUCUUUUAUUAAGUCAAAAGACAAACUGAGUCAAAAAGUAGUCUAGGGAUAGAAUGUUGGUUGCCAAGGGCUGGUUUGACAGGAGGGGCAUGGGAAAUUAUUGUUUAAUGAGUAUGAGUUUCAGUUUGGGAAGAUGAAAAGGUUUGGAGAUGGAUGAUGGUGGAACUUGCACAGCAAUGGGAAUGUACUUAAUGCCAUGGAAUUGUACACUUAAAUGAUCAAUUAUGGUAAAUUUUAUGU